AUGAUUCUUCCCAAUGAUACCUCAUUUCACCCCUCCUCCUUCUUGUUACUGGGUAUUCCAGGACUUGAAACUCUUCACCUCUGGAUUGGCUUUCCCUUCUGCGCUGUGUACAUGAUUGCUCUCCUGGGAAACUUCACUAUCCUGAUGGUGAUCAAGACAGAGAGCAGCCUACAUCAGCCUAUGUUCUACUUUCUGGCCAUGUUGGCUACCAUUGAUUUGGGUCUCUCAACAGCUACUAUCCCAAAGAUGCUUGGAAUCUUCUGGUUUAGCUUCAGGGAGAUAAUUUUUGAAGCUUGUCUCACCCAGAUGUUCUUCAUCCACAACUUCACUGGCAUGGAAUCAGCAGUCCUCUUGGCGAUGGCAUAUGACCGUUAUGUGGCCAUCUGCAACCCACUUCGCUAUAGCACCAUUCUCACCAACAGGGUUGUUUCUGGGAUUGGUCUUGGUGUGUUAGUUAGAUCAUUUAUUUCUGUUAUCCCAUUUGUAUUUCUCAUACUGCGACUGCCCUUCUGUGGGAAUCAUGUCAUCCCUCACACUUACUGUGAGCACAUGGGUCUUGCUCGUCUGUCUUGUGCCAGUAUCAAGAUCAAUAUCAUCUAUGGCUUGGGUGCUAUUUCAAUUUUGGUUUUUGACAUUAUAGCAAUUGCUCUAUCUUAUGUUCAGAUACUGUGCACCGUCUUUAGACUCCCGUCUCAGGAAGCCCGACUCAAGUCCCUGAGCACAUGCGGGUCUCAUGUGUGUGUCAUCCUUGCCUUCUAUACACCAGCACUCUUUUCCUUUAUGACACAUCGCUUUGGGAGAAAUGUCCCCCGCUACAUCCAUAUCCUCCUGGCCAAUCUUUAUGUUGUAGUCCCACCGAUGCUUAAUCCUGUCAUCUAUGGAGUUAGAACCAAGCAGAUUUAUGAACGAAUGCUUAUUUAUUUUUGUUUUCAUUUUUUAGGUAUGUUGUUGAAUACAGAAAGUGACAGCCUAAAUUGUGAAAUUUCUGUCAUUUUCGUUCUUCCACAAAAAAUGUGUAAUGAUUUCCUGUGA